CCCGCGGAAUAGUGUCAGACCAAUCGGCGUGUGCGAGGCACUUUUAUGGACGGUAUAAAUAUUUUGAGCUGGAGGCAUCGUUACCAGCUGCUAUUUUCCUUCCUCAGGACCAGCUGUCCAGGAGCAUCCCGGACCGGAGCCAGGCACAUUCGGGACUUGGAUCUGACCAAGGGCGGCAGCAGCCGGGCUGGUGCAGCGAUGUCGGUGGUCGAAGAAAGCCGGCCCUUUGCUCAGCAGCUCUCUAACGUCUAUUUCACCAUCCUCUCACUGUUCUGUUUCAAGCUCUUUGUGAAAAUCAGCCUCGCCAUCCUCAGUCACUUCUACAUAGUGAAAGGCAACCGCAAGGAGGCGGCCCGGAUAGCGGCUGAAUUUUACGGAGUAACCCAAGGACAAGGUUCCUGGGCAGAUCGGUCACCACUUCAUGAAGCGGCGAGUCAAGGUCAUCUUCUUGCUCUGAGAACAUUAUUAUCACAGGGCUAUAAUGUCAAUGCAGUAACCAUAGACCACGUCACCCCAUUACACGAGGCCUGCCUUGGAGAUCACGUGGCCUGUGCCAGGACGCUUCUGCAAGCUGGAGCUAACGUAAAUGCGAUCACCAUAGACGGUGUGACCCCGUUAUUCAAUGCGUGCUCACAAGGCAGCCCCAGCUGCACAGAACUGCUUCUGGAAUAUGGUGCCAAACCCCAGCAGGAGUCCUGUCUUCCUUCCCCUACACACGAGGCCGCCAGCAAAGGUCACCAUGAAUGUCUGGAAAUCCUCAUAUCCUGGGGCGUAGACGUUGAUCAAGACAUUCCUCAUCUGGGAACCCCUCUGUAUGUUGCUUCUAUGUCUCAGCAGUUCCACUGCAUCCGGAAGCUUCUUUACGCUGGCGCUGACAUACAAAAAGGCAAAUAUUGGGAUACCCCAUUACACGCUGCUGCUCAACAGUCCUGUACAGAAAUUGUAAACUUACUGCUAGAAUUUGGAGCAGACAUCAAUGCCAGAAACACAGAGCUUCUGAGACCUGUCGACGUAGCGACCUCUAGCAGUUUGGUGGAAAGAUUACUGCUUCAGCAUGAAGCUACCCCAAGCUCUCUGUGCCAACUUUGCAGACUCUGUAUCAGACACUACAUUGGAAGACCAAGAUUACACCUUAUCCCACAGCUCCAGCUGCCAACAUUAUUGCAGAAUUUCUUACAGUAUCGAUAAGGCAGUAAAAUAAUUCUAAAUGUUUGAAAAUCAAAAAUUUCUAUUUCAUCUGCAUAGUGUAUAUUUCAUAUUAAAAUAUGCUAAAGAUAGGGUAAAGAGAUAUGAGAACACCCCCAGAGAAGUGAAAUAGCAAUUUUAGUUAAAGUGUACUAGUACGUACUAUUGUUUUAUGCAUUUUUACUGUUUUUGAACUAUAGUAUGUUUAAAAUAUCUAUAUAUUACUAGCUAUUCCCAUAUAUCCCUUUGUUGAUU